GGUGAUUGUAUCCACGAUGCAGUUUGACGAAGAUAAAUUAAAGAGUUUAGAGCAUCAGUAUAGCCCAAGUAAAUGGAUAAUCAGAUCAAUUCCUGGCGGCCAAGAUCCCGUCUUGCGUUUUUUGAAAAUUGGAUCAGAGGUGAAUGAGAAGUUAAUCAGACAGUUCACUUGCGAUUUAAACAUUGUGUACGGAGAUGGAGAGAAGGCUAAACUGGACAUUUAUUAUCCCCCGGAUUGGAAAAAUCAAACAAAAGAUGUGUUGAUUUUUAUUCAUGGUGGAUAUUGGCAAGCCGGCAGCAAGGAUAAUUACCCUUUUCUAGGACAACAAUUGCAUGAUCUCAACUGUAUAUUUGUGGCUCUGGGAUAUGACCUGGCUCCUGAGGCGUCCAUGGAUGGCAUGGUGGCACAAAUACAGAGUGCUAUUGUUUUUACAGGGAGAAGAUUUCCAUCUUCAAGACUUUUCUUGGUCGGACAUUCGGCAGGAGCUCAUCUCUCCGCAAUGAUGAUGACGAUGAACUGGGAGGACAGCGGUCUUUCACCUCAAAGAUUUACAGGUGUUUGUCUUCUCAGUGGUGUAUACGACCUGGAGCCUUUGUUACCAACUUACAUCAAUGAGCCCAUCAAGAUGAAUAAAGAAAUUGCGGUCAGGAAUAGUCCAAUGAAAGUCGUCCAAUCCAGAGGGUUAACUAUCCAGUGCAAAGUUCUGAUUGUGGUAGCGGAACAUGAUAGUCCUGCAUUUCAUCAUCAAAAAAAUUUUUCCAAUUUACUAAAAGAAACGAUGGUACAUCCCAGUGUGGAGCAUCUUGAGCUCCCUGGCGUUGAUCAUUUUGAUAUGCUGGAAAAAUGUGCGGAAAGGAAUUUCAUUCUUAACCAGGUUCUGGCGAAUUUUAUGAAGAGUGACAUUAAAUGUACUUUAUAA